AUGGCAUUCGCUUAUUCAGAUUUUACAACUCAGUUCGCUUGUGUAUUUAUAGUAUUUCUAUUAUGGGUAGUAUCUUUAACACCAGUUCGUAGAGCACAAUUAAGACAGGAGGAAGGUUACAAUAAUUCUAAUCCAAGAGAACAAUAUCAAAAUUUGCCGGAUUGGGGCAAAAGAGCAGUCGCUGCGUCAAACAACACGUUUGAAGGUUUAUCUAUGUUUUCAAUAUCAGUAAUAACACAAGCAAUAUCUCAAGUCUUACAUCUAAUCGAGAGUCAAAACGUCCGAAGUGAAAAAUAUAAAGCUCAUGCUAUUGCUGCAAAU